AUGCAGCUGGGAGAGUCCGACGAAAGCGCGAAGCUCCACGAGGCCCUGUGCCGCGUGAUCGAGACCGCCCUCUGCCACGACCAGCUGGUGAUAUGCGAGCUCGCUUCCUACGAGUACCUCGCCCGCCAGCUUCAGUUGGUGGAGGAGCGCGUGUUCGAGGAGCGCGCGCGGAGGGCCCAGCCCGUCCCGAAGGCCAAUGCGCAGGCCAAGGAGCUCGCGGCCGCGGACUUCGGCUCGGAGGUCGGCCCUUUCCUCGGCACGGGUGAGACGAAGGGGAACUUGUGCAUCUGUCCCGUUCUGAUGGAUUGGAUCGCCGAUCAGAGGUGGGGCCUCACGAGCCCGUUCCCGUCUCUCGUGAACCUGGCCAGGUUUGCCCCGAGGCCCUUGUGCCUCCGCCUGGUCUGGACGCGCCCAUACGUGGUGCCGAUCGCCAGCGCGGCGUUUUUCCGCUACCUCUUCUUCCCGUGGAUGGGCGCCGCCAUCUACCACUGGGUCGUGCUGCUCGUCUGCGUGCUUCCAAAGGUCGGUGGUGACCCGCCCGCCGCGCAGGCUGCCUCGGUGGGCUACCUCUCGAGCCUGUAUCGGGAGUUCGAGCUGCCUGCCGCCUACUUGGAGAGGAGCAGCUCCUGCGAAGCAUCCCUGGUAGAGAUGCUCGCCCAGGCUCCUGGCUACGCUGGUGACAGCGGUCGGGUCCGCCCCUCCAGCCAGCCUCUCGUGGCCUGGCCCGAGUCGACGAAGGCUGUGUCCACCUCCGACGUCGUCUCGGAUGCCGACUCCGUCGUGCUGCAGGGUUGGAGGCAGACUAUGCUGAACCCCGAGUCGGUUACUGCGGGGCUCCGCGACGCCCUGGGCAUCCAGCGCCCGUGCGUCGACCCCGA